CGAUGGCAGAGCCCUUGUACAGGGAAGUCGAAGGGUUCUACCUUCACGUCGCGUUUCCCGAUGAAUGUGUGCGUUCAGCUCUGAGAUACAAGCCCCAACCCGGAGAACUCUUCAUCGUCAGCUACCCGAAAUGCGGUACAACCUGGAUGCAACACAUUGUCUACGGCAUCUUUCAUGGCCGUUCACCGCCGAAGGAUGCCUUGAGCUUUUACAGAGAGAUGCCCUUUCUAGAAUUCCAAGGAGCAGACUCGGCAAGAGACAUGCCGAGACCAGGAGCCAUCAAGACCCACAUGCCCUUUAAGUUCCAACCGUAUUCGAAGGACGCCAAGUACAUAUACAUCACCAGGAAUCCGUACGACUGCUGCGUCUCCUUCUUUUACCACACCAAGGCCAUGCCAGAGUACAAGUUUGAACACGGUACAUUCGACGAGUUCUUCGAGAUGUUCAUCGAGGGUACUGUCGACUUUGGCGACUACUUCGACCACGUGUUGUCCUGGUACGAACACCGGAACGAUCCCAACGUACUUUUCUUGACCUACGAAGACCUCAAAAAGGACACCGCUGCGUGGGUGCUCAAGAUUGCCGAUUUCAUCGGAGAAAAAUACGGUAAAAAACUUCGAGAGGAUCAGGAGGCUCUGGAUGUUAUAUUGGACAGAACAAGCUUCAGAUCCAUGCAGCAAGACGUGAACGAUUGCUUUAAGCAACUCUACGAGGACAUCAAGACGGUUCCCGAAGAGGAAAAACCGGAGUGGAUCAAGCAAGUGAAUGAUGCCUUGGGUGAAGAUGUGCUGCAGAUGAAAGGCGAUUUUGCGCGUAAGGGAAUCGUUGGCGACUGGAGGAACCAUUUCUCGGCUGACCAGGUCCAGCGCCUGAAGAAACGCAUUGAGCUCAAGACACGUGGCAAAGACCUCAUGGACAUGUGGAAAGACGCCGAUAUUCCAUAAUGCGCACCCUCAACGCUUCCACGAAAUUUCGACCUAUAGAUUUUGAGUGGGAAUAUCCUGUUUCCCAAUGAGUAAUUUUGAACGAAUUAAGGCAGUUACUUGUUUUCUGUUAAUAUUCUUGUAACUUGAA